GGGCAGAGAUGGCAGCCCUGAAACGCAGUCGUGCGCAGGCCUGGCCCGAGGAGCAGGGCGACCGUGAGCACGGGCUGUACAGCCUGCACCGCAUGUUCGACAUCGUGGGCACUCACCUGACGCACCGCGAUGUGCGCGUCCUCUCCUUCCUCUUCGUGGACGUCAUAGAUGACUAUGAGCGGGGCAUGAUCCGCAGUGGCAGGGACUUCUUGCUGGCGCUGGAGCGGCAGGGCCGCUGUGAUGAGACCAACUUCAGGCAGGUGCUGCAGCUGCUGCGGAUCAUCACGCGCCACGACCUGCUGCCGUACGUCACCCUCAAGAGGCGACGGGCUGUGUGUCCGGACCUGGUAGACAAGUACUUGGAGGAGACCUCCAUCCGCUACGUGACGCCGCGGGCUCACAGCACUGCAGAACAUAGCCUCGGCCACCCCCACAAAUCAGUGCCUCCCCAGCACCCCAUGGUCUGCUGUUCCUCGGCGGGGCCGCAGAUCUGCACCAAGAGGCCCGGCCGCGGCAGGGCCCUCCUCAGCAGCCAGCGCAAGCGCAGGAAGUCGGUGACUCCAGACCCCAAGGAGAAGCAGACGUGUGACAUCCGCUUGCGAGUCCGAGCCGAGUACUGCCAGCACGAGACGGCGCUCCAGGGCAACGUCUUCUCCAACAAGCAGGACCCGCUGGAGCGCCAGUUCGAGCGCUUCAACCAAGCCAACACCAUCCUGAAGUCCCGGGACCUGGGCUCCAUCAUCUGUGACAUAAAAUUCUCAGAGCUCACCUACCUCGACGCGUUCUGGCGCGAUUACAUCAACGGCUCUUUGCUGGAGGCCCUCAAGGGCGUCUUCAUCACGGACUCGCUCAAGCAAGCCGUGGGGCACGAAGCCAUCAAACUGCUGGUCAAUGUGGAUGAGGAGGAUUACGAGGUUGGGCGCCAGAAACUCCUGAGGAACUUGAUGCUGCAGACGGCCCCCUGACGCCCGGUGGGAUCCAAGAUCUUUUUUUUUUUUUUUCCCCUGUCUUUUUUUUUUUUUUUUUCUAAAAGGAAAGAUUUAAAGCCCUGCUGGACUCCCACCGGGUGCUGAGCUGUGGACCCGGUUUGCUGCAGGGAGCACCGGAGGCUUAUGUGUUCUCUCACCCUUCUGUCCUGUCACCUUCUCUCUUGCUUUGUUUUCUUUUUCUCUUUUGUUUUGUAUCCAUUAAAAGAAAAAAAAAACAACCCAAAAAAAGUAAAAAAAAAAAAAAAAAAAAAAAAAAAAAAUCCACCUGGGGUGGGUCAGCAAUGGCCAGAGGGAUGCUGGGACAGGGUGGGGUUGUACUGGGAGUUGUGGGGUGGCUGUGCCCUUCUCCUGCCCUUUUGUCAGUGUCCCUGUGGGCCUGGCAGUGGGGUGGCCCUGUUGUCCCCGAUGCUGGAGCCCCGACCCCCCCCCCCCCCCCCCCCCCCCCCCCCCCACUGCCUCCUCUCUGGGGUCCUCAGGAGCAGCUCCAGUGGUGUCCCCACGCUGUCCCCAGGACCAUGUGCCUUUGUGUCCCCCUCCCUAUGGGGUCUGGGGGGGUGGGAGGAGGAACCAGUGCUGAGGGACACAUGAGAUCUCUGCCUGUCCUGUCCUCCUAUUGCAGCUGGGAUGAGCUGGGACAAGCUGGGAGGGGGGAGUUGGCCCCAAGGCUGUGUCCUAGGGGGCCUGUUGCCUCUGCUGUCCCCCUUCAGAAGGUCCUGGGGAGAUGGAGAGGAAUGUUCCCCUCUCCAUUCCCAAUUUUGUGGUUUUCUCCUCCACGAGCUGUCCCCCUGUGAGGUGGGCACUGACCCCACAGCUGGGGAGGGGGAUGUGUGGCACUUCUCCACCCCCCUCACCCCCCCCCAGGUGACAGCCAACUUUGGCACAACGUGGUGUAAUUUCUGUGACUUCUGUAUUUUUUAAAACUUCAAUAUAACAGUCAUAUUCCCUGUGUAGCUUUCGGUUUUCUUGAAAUAAACAUCUACAGCAGUGCAA